AUGCUCGAACAAGGUGUAAUAGAGGAUAGUAGUAGUCCGUAUGCAUCUCCAGUUGUAUUAGUUUCUAAAAAUGAUGGAAAAUUAAGGUUCCAUGUGGAUUUUCGGAAAGUGAAUGGAGUAACAAUUAAAGACAUUUAUCCAUUACCUAAUAUCCAAGAAACCUUAGAUAAGUUAGAAUUCUUGGGUCAUUUGGUGACUGCCGAUGGUGUAAAGCCUGACCCUAAAAAGUUAGAAGUCGGUAAAAGUUAUCCAGUACCUAAAACAGUGAAAGAUUUGACAUUAAAGAGUACUUCUGAUACGAAGACCUGCUGUGGGAGUCAGUGUCCUGGUAAUCAUGUUAUAAAACAAGAAGACUACUUUAUAGAAGAUAUUACUUCCCCAAAACCAAAUAGUGGUAUAUGUGGAGAAACAACUUUAAAUGGAAAUAACCUAAACAAAUUUAAUAUACCUCAGUGUAAUGGUAAAAUAUACAGUUGUGUAAUCAAUGGAAAAGAAUUUGGAACAGUGGAUAACCUAACACAAGAAAAGAGGAUUCAAUCUGGAGAGAAACCAUAUCAUUGUGCAGUUUAUGGAAAACAUUUGGAGAGACAUAGUCCCUUAGAGGAACAUGAAAGAAAUCACCCUGGGGAGAAAUCUUACAGUUGUGGAGUUUGUAGAAAACAGUUUCGAUCAAGCAGUAACUUAAAAUCACAUCAAAGGAUACACACUGGGGAGAAACCUUACACUUGUACAGUGUGUGGAAAACACUUUGGUACAAAGGGUGCCUUAAAAUCACAUCAAGGAAUACACACGGGUGAAAAACCUUACAGUUGUACAGUUUGUGGAAAACAGUUUAGAAGAAACGGUGAUUUAAAAGAACAUCAAAGAAUACACACAGGGGAGAAACCAUACAGUUGUUUAGUGUGUGGAAAACACUUUGGUACAAAGAGUAUCUUAAAAUCACAUCAAGGAAUACACACGGGUGAAAAACCUUACAGUUGUACAGUUUGUGGAAAACAAUUUAGAACAAACAGUGAGUUAAAAGAACAUCAAAGAAUACACACUGGUGAGAAACCUUACAGUUGUGCAGUAUGUGGUAAACAUUUUUCAGGAAGUACCAUCUUAAAAAAUCAUCAAAGAAUACAUACUGGGGAGAAACCUUAUAGUUGUGCAGUGUGUGAAAAACAUUUUAUGUCAAAGGAUGCAUUAAGAAAUCAUCUAAGAACACACUCUGGGGAGAAACCUUACAGUUGUACAAUUUGUAAAAAACAGUUUGUAUCAAACUCUGCCUUGAAAAAUCAUAAAACAAAC